CCAGCAGAGAUGGACAGAACGAUGGCGGAGAUGCCGAGUCACCCGGGCCUGAGGCCGGCGGGUCUGCCAGUCCCGGACACUUCUGGAACGAGCUGGACCCGUAACUACGAAUGCCCCUGUUCAUCUGCGCUUGCCUGGGGCAUGGUUUGCGUUCCCUCUCAGCUGGACUUGAGGUCCUUGAAGUUCUCUUUCAACAUGUUCGACCACCCGAUUCCCCGGGUCUUCCAGAAUCGCUUCUCCACACAGUACCGCUGCUUCUCCGUGUCCAUGCUAGCCGGGCCUAAUGACAGGUCAGAUGUGGAGAAAGGAGGGAAGAUAAUUAUGCCACCCUCAGCCCUCGAUCAACUCAGCCGACUUAAUAUUACCUAUCCCAUGCUGUUCAAACUGACCAAUAAGAAUUCGGAUCGCAUGACACACUGCGGAGUGCUGGAAUUCGUGGCUGAUGAGGGUAUCUGCUAUCUCCCACACUGGAUGAUGCAGAAUUUGCUGUUGGAAGAAGGGGGCUUGGUGCAGGUGGAAAGUGUCAACCUUCAAGUGGCUACAUACUCCAAAUUCCAGCCUCAGAGCCCAGACUUCCUGGAUAUCACCAACCCCAAAGCAGUGUUAGAAAAUGCGUUGAGAAACUUUGCCUGUCUGACCACUGGGGAUGUGAUUGCCAUCAAUUACAAUGAGAAGAUCUAUGAACUACGGGUGAUGGAGACAAAACCUGACAAAGCUGUGUCCAUCAUUGAGUGUGACAUGAAUGUGGACUUUGAUGCUCCCUUAGGCUACAAGGAACCUGAAAGACAAGUCCAGCAUGAGGAGUCAACAGAAGGCGAAGCCGACCACAGUGGCUAUGCAGGAGAGUUGGGCUUCCGUGCCUUUUCUGGCUCUGGGAAUAGACUAGAUGGAAAGAAGAAAGGGGUAGAGCCCAGUCCCUCCCCAAUCAAGCCUGGAGACAUUAAAAGAGGAAUUCCCAAUUAUGAAUUUAAACUUGGUAAAAUAACUUUCAUCAGAAAUUCACGUCCAUUGGUUAAAAAGGUUGAAGAGGAUGAAGCUGGAGGCAGAUUUGUUGCUUUCUCUGGAGAAGGACAGUCCUUGCGUAAAAAGGGAAGAAAACCAUAAGUUGGGACUGUUGACUGGAAAAUAAAAGAAUCAAUUGCAACAUAUUGGCUUUUAGUUACUGACUCUGACAAGGAUGAGACUAUCAUCAGAGAAUGCUGUUACUUAAGGUUUGUUUAGCAUUACCUAAGAAUUAUCAAGUUUGACUUGGAUGUGGAGCAGUAGGACUUUGUGAUUGUGUACUUGAUAUUGGGAAAGAGUAAGAGCUGUCUCUGAGGUUCCAUAGUCAGCCACCUCCUCACUACUUCAUGCUUGCAGCUCAAGGGCUCUCCCACUCUGCCUCAGCACAACAGAGUUUCCUCAUUUCUUACAAAACCAGUGGAGGAAUUGAAUUGCUGUAACUUAAGGUGUUCUUUCUCUUCAGUUUUACUUUUCCCAGGUCUGUUGCAUAGGCAUUGUAUCUGGCUUAGAAAAACAUGGUUUAAAUAGAUAUGUGCUCUGUAAAUAGUGGCUCUCCCACUCCUAUGGUUGCAAUUUAAGUAUUUGAGAAAGGGUGUUUUUAUUUUUGUUUUACAUAUUGAGUUUUUUCAAAAGUACAACACCUAUGAAGGAAACCUAUAUGAUGAUUUCUUGUGGAAAUAACUGGUUCCUUAGUUGACCUAUUCUAUAAUAAAACAACUCCAUGAUGAAACCAAAUAUGACUGUUAGAAUAAAUAAAUGCUGAAGAUAUG